AUGACGGAAUCGGACCCCACGACCGGCUCCUUCCCCACUGAAACUGACGGCAGCUCCAGAGGUGACGACGACACGGUAGGUCCCCUGCCCUCCGAGAUGACCGCAGGUGGCGGUGAAGACAUCGUCAGUUCGACGCCAGGAAGUGCUGCAGGCGACCUGAAGCGGGGACGACGGCGCAAUUCGACUGAUCUUGAUGUCGACGAUGACGGCGACACCGUCGGCCCUCUGCCCAGCGAGAUGGAGGCGCCGUCUUCAAUGGAACCCCCAAAGAAGAAGCCGAAGAAGCGAGUUCUGAAGGAUGAGAGUAUCCUGCUAAGGAGCAUUCCGACCGCACAAUACUACGAAAUCAGCUACAUGCACCGAAACGUCAUCACCCACCUCGCCUACUCCAAGACGCACUACCUGAUAACGUGCAGCUGUGACGGCCACCUGAAGUUCUGGCAUCUGGCUGCGACUCGUGGCCUGGAAUUUGUGAAGCACUACCGUGCGCAUCUGGGUGUGAUAAACGGCCUCGCGCUGAGCUACGACGGAGAACUGGCGUGCACUGUCGGUGACGACAAGACGGCCAAAAUCUUCGACAUCAUCAACUUCGAUAUGAUCAGCAUGAUGAAACUCGGCUUCGUUCCUCGUGAAUGCUGCUUCGUCUACACCGCAAAGGACGGCUACGCGGCCAUUGCCAUCACCGACCGCGACAGCAGCGCCAUCCACAUCUUCGACGCACGCACCAAGGACACGCUCCUCAGGACCUUGGACAAGCUGCACUCCAGUCCUGUCAUCGCCAUCGCCUUUUCGCCUGCUCUCGAGACGGUGGUGAGCGCAGACACUGAGGGCAUGCUGGAGUUCUGGUCGACGCCUCGCCACGACUACGCCUCCACCCACCCGCCGGCUCUCAAGUGGACCUCGAAAAUGGACACCGAUCUCUACUGCCUUCUGGGGGCGAAGACGCACGCCGUCAGCUUGGCCUUCUCGCCCAACGACGGCCACCUUCUGGCCUGCUUCGGUGCCGACAGGAAGAUUCGGAUCUUCAAAACACUGACAGGCAAGUUGUCGCUGGUCUACGAUGAAAGCCUCCAGCAUUACUCCGAACUGCAGUCCACAAAGCAGCUGCUGCCGAGCAUGGAAUUCGGUCGACGUCUGGCCUUGGAAAAGGAGUUGGAUCGAUCCGAUGGGACCCACAUGUGCAAUUUGGAAUUCGAUAGAUCUGGCAAUUUCCUCAUCUACACCACCAUGCUGGGCAUUAGGGUGGUGAAUUUGGUCACCAAUCGGCUGGUUCGUUCGUUAGGCGGUCCAGAGAACCUGCGCCUGCUGCAGGUGGCACUGCUGCCCCCGCGUUCCGCCAUCCUCCAGAGCUCCACGUCGAUGGCCCUCCUCGGCAUGGACUCGGCGACCGCCUCGCUGGAGAUGCACGCCAUCGAGGGCACCGCGGACAGCUCCGUCGGCGGCGCCGGCAACUCCUCCACCGUCCCCAACCGCGACCCCGUCAUCGUUUGCACGGCCUUCAAGAAGAACCGCGUCUACCUCUUCACCAACCGCGAACCGCAUGAAAUCAAGUCUGAUGGUGAUUCGUUGUCCGCGGGUUCUACCAGCGAACGCGACGUCUUCAAUGAGAAACCGACCAAGGAGGAGGUGCUUGCGGCAUCGCGAGAUUCCGCGGCGUCGGCCACGGCGUCCCUUCGGUUGGCCGGCUCCGCCAUCCUCCACACCACCCUUGGCGACAUCCACCUGCGCCUCUGGCCACGCGAGUGCCCGCGCACGGUUGAAAACUUCGUUGGACACUCGCGCGCCGGCUACUACAACGGCCACAUCUUUCAUCGUGUUAUCAAGGGCUUUAUGAUUCAGACCGGUUGUCCCCUCGGCACGGGCACGGGUGGCAAAUCGAUUUGGGGCGGGGAAUUCGAGGAUGAGUUCCAUCCCAGCCUCCGACACGAUCGUCCCUACACCCCCUGGUUGGACAAUAAACACACCGUCUUCGGUAGAGUGAUCAAGGGGAUGGAGGUCGUGCAGAAAAUAUCGAAUGUAAAAACGAAUCCCAAAACGGACAAACCUCUAGAUGACAUCAGCAUCAUCAGCAUUAGUGUGAAGGACCUUGGAUCUAGUAAUUGA